CCGAGAAAAGGUACGUAUCUGAUCAUACAAUGGCAGAAUGAAUACAUUGGAUAUAAAAGUGAUUUAAUCAGCUAAUUCUUGGUUAUCCUCAUAUCAGCGGUCAUCUUUAGACUGAGAAUUCGAAACAGAUCGACGUAUAUAGAAAUUCCUGAGUGCGAGUUACAGGCUAUUUGUCAUGCAGGUAGUAUGACCAGAUUUACCUGUAUAUAAGAACAGAUUGAUUCUUUAUUGACAUAUCAAGGUCUACAGAAUGGAAGUCCCAAGUCACAUAGCACCCCCUGAUGGGAUAGAGUUCAGAGUAUCAGAGAUUGAUCCAACACAAAUUGGAACCUGGUCUACCAAGAGGAUACUGAGGGAGACAUUUUUAGGACCAUUUGUCGGUGAAAUAAUCCGAGAUAGUGAUGAGAGUACAGUUAGCUACAGAUUUGCUUGGGAGAUAUUUAAUUUGGAGAAUGGUGAAUAUUUAUACACGAUAAAUUCUACAGAUCCAAAUCAUGGUAACUGGAUGAGAUAUGUAAACUGUGCCAGAUAUCUGGAGGAACAAAACUUAGUCUCUGUGCAGAAAGAUAUGGAGAUGUUUUAUAAAGCUAUAAAGGAUAUAGAACCAGGGGAGGAGCUAUUAACAUGGUAUCAACCAUUCAAAAAACGUAGAAAGAAGAAAAUGAGGUCACCACUGAAGUCACCAGACAGACCAGUGAAAAUAACAGAAUUUGAACCUGAGAAAGAAGUUGAUGCUUCCCCAGAGGAAACUACAACUCACACUUCUGAAGAUGGAGUUGUAUUAGGGAAAAGGCAUAGGGUAAAGAAAAAGAUGUACGAUGAUAUCAUUUUAAUGUCUGAUCUAAUUCCAAAACGAAGACGGAGAUCCAAAGCUGAAAUCAUAGCAGACAAAGAAGCUGCUGAAAGAAAUGAGGCAAUGCUUGAUGAUUUGUCUGAUGGUGUUCCUAAGAAAAGGAGGAAGAAAAAGAAGAGUUUAGUGGAAGGAGAACUCAAAAGUGAUCAGCCAGUGUCAGGUGAAAGUAAAUCUCCAGCUAAUCUUGCUGGCCAAAAAACAAAAGGGAGGAAAAAAUCAACAGAGCUAAUUGUAAUAAACAGAAGUGGAGUAGUUGACAGUCCUUCAGACUUAGAAUCUUCUACUUCAUCUGAGAGUUUUAAGCACACAAAAGGAGAUGCAUUGGUUUCAAGACCUAAAACAACUGAAGAAAAGAGACAACUAGCUGAAAUAGAGGCUUCAUGGACAUAUCCCAACCACAAUCAGGAAUACCAAUUUGAACAUUUACAAAGUUAUGCUGUUAUUAAAAAUGGGAGACGAUUUUAUAAAUGUGAUAUAUGUGCAGGGAUAUAUAGACAUACAUUCAGUUUAAAGCGUCAUUAUUUAAGAAACCAUAUUAACUGCAGAUACUUAAGCAAGGCAGACUUAGCAAAUUGUUUAGUAGUUCCAGCUCAGCAAUGGCUUGACAUUAAGCAUGCUAAUGAGGAAUCCUCGUUAAAUCAAUGUUUGGCUAAAUUAGCAAGCGGAACAUCUCUGUUGGAGAGCUAUGGUGAUCAGAGUGGUGUAAAUACACCUGGACUUUACCGAUGUUGUAUAUGUAACAAACUCUUUGAUGUUCUACAAACUCUUACAGAACACACACAAGAUCAUCCCGCCACUCCUGACCAGAAAUUCUUUGGCUGCGACCAGUGUAAGAUGAGAUUUACUUUCCAUCAGAAUUUGUUAAGGCACAAGCUUGUCCAUGAAGAUAGUCGACAAAAGAUUAAGAAGAAGAAAGAUAAAAACCCUCCGGCCAUCAUGGGUCACUUUAAUCAGAAUGAUAUCCAUGGAAAACCAUACAAAUGCAGGCUGUGUCCAAUGAAGUUCAAAUAUCAGUCAAACUUAGAAAAGCAUCACCAAAUCCAUACAUCUGACAGACCAUAUGAUUGUUCCAUAUGUGGAAAGACCUUCCCUAAUGAAACCAACCUGAAAAAACACAUGGUGAUUCACGUUGGCAGUACUGUCCAUUGUAAAUACUGUAUACAGAAAUUCAGUCAUGUUGGAACGUUACGUAAACAUAUCCGUCUUGAACAUCCAAUUAAACACAAGGAGAGAAUGCUUAACUUGCUAAAAAAUCGGGACCAAGGAGCCACAGAAGCCGCCGUGAAAUUACGUAAAUUAUUAAAACAGCUAAGAGAUUUACAGGAGACUCCACUGGAGGAAUUGUCUGAUAGUAAAGAGGAAGACUGUAAUAUUGAUGAAAGGAUUAAUACUAAAAGUGAAGGUAAAUUUCUGGCUGACCAGGGUCAAGGUUCAAGGUUCAAAUUUGCUUGUGUUGUUUGCAAGAAAAGAUUUUCUGCAUAUGUUAACAUGUGUCGACACAGGAGAAUGGCACAUAGAGAUUAUAAAGAGACUGCAAGUUCUAAAAAUGAUGAAAAAUCAACACUAAUACCAAACAUGUUAGUAGUUCAGAUUGAUGAGAAAUCAAAAACAAUGUUUAAAACUGAGAAAUCUAGCUUGAGAUUAAAAGAACCUGAAAAAAAGAAAAUGGAAGAGGAAGUCAUAAACGAAACGCCAGAAUCUAUUCAAGAGUUUUAUGCAAAUGUGGCAUCAAAUAUUGCCGACAAUUUAAACAGUUACAUAGAUGGUGGACUUGACUCUCUAAGUAAUUAUAAAUCUUACAUCAAUAUAGACAACUAUGAUGCAGAACCAGAAGUAAAACAGGAAGAAGGAAGUAGUGAUGAAAAGGCAGAUGUCAAAUGGGAACAGUUUAAUUUCCCACCAAAUUACAAUUCAAAAUUGAUCUAUGAGAAUUUUCAAUAUAUUGAACAAAAGUAUGAAGAUGAGAUGAAAGCAGGUUUAGAGAAUAAAAUAGAUAAAUCUGUGUUUGAUGAUCUAGCACCUGCUUUAUGUACAAGAAGGAGGAGUUCUUCUGAAUGGAUUGCAUUGGCUGAAUUUAGUAAAAAUGAUAGUAACCAUGGCGACAGUCCGCUGAUAAAGGAAUAUGGGGAAAACAAACAGAGCAUUGAUAACAGUGUGAAAGAUAAUGAAGAAAAAGAGCAAAGAGAUAAACCCGUUGAAUAUGUAAAAAAUGAUAACAGUACAGAGAAAAUAAGUGAGGCUGAAGUUUCCAUAGACAGUACUGUUGAAAAGGAAGAUGGUAAAAUGUCUUCUGAAAAAUCAGAUAAUACUAAUGGAAAUGAAAAAGACGAAGAUAAAAAUGCAAAGGAAACGGAAGAAGAUAAAAUGUCUCCUGAAAAGUCAAACAAUACAAAUGACCCCACUGUAGAAUGUCUUUUAUCAGAAAAUGUGACAGUUACUGUCAGUGGCAAUUCAAAUGAAAACAUAUGUUUACAAAAUAAAGAUAAAUCGGAGGAGAUGGGCAGUGUAGAUUGUGAGAUUGUUAUAAAACAUAGUGCUGAUAAAGAAGAAGAUAAGUCUUCAAAUUUGUGUCUGACUGCUAUGAAAGAUUGUUCUGAAGAGACAGAAAGUAGUAAAUGUCUGGAUGAAUCGGUAAAGAGCAAGGCUUUUCUUACUCCAGAUGUUCAAGAAGAUACUAUCAGUACAUGUGAUGGACAACAUUGUGAAAAGGGAUUUGAAGACACUUACCAUGGAGAAACUGAAUUGUCUAGGACAGUUUUGGACAGACUUGAAGGCGAUGAAGUAAAAGAAGGAUCUGAAAAAAAUGGCCAGGAAGACUGUGCAAUAUCUCUGUGCAGUGUUCAGGCAGUCUCUAAAAUAUCAGAACAAACAAGUCUGGUAACACAUGAAACAUCUGAACACAAUACUAAAUCUUGUGAAGAGAGCAGUCCAACAGCCUGUGAUGAAUCACUGAAGUCUAGUGUCAAUGCUCAUCAGGGAGAGUCAGAACAAAAUAAACAGACAGGACAUAAACAAAAUGGACAAACAAAACCUGAAUCAAUAAAAUAUUUUAAUAAAAAACCUGGUGAUGCCAUAAAACAUGCCGAUUUAUUCUUGAUAGAUAUACAGAGACAAGGUCAAAUGUUUAAUGGUCAGGGGUUAUCAAACGUUAAACUAAUAAGUAAAGGAAUGAUGGAAACUAAACAAGAUAGUAUUACAAGGAAGGAGGACAUAAGAACAGAGGAAAAUUGUACACAGGUAAAACCUGGCAUAAAGAGUGAAUUAAAUAGUUUAGUAUGUGAUGGAAAGGGAGAUAAUUCACUCAAAGUGAAUCAAGAAUUAAAGCAACAAUUUUCAAACAAAGGUAAUUCACUCAAAGUGAAUCAGGAAUUAAAGCAACAAUAUUCAAACAAAGAUAAUUCACUCAAAGUGAAUCAAGAAUUAAAGCAACAAUAUUCAAAUGAAGAUAAUUCACCUGAAGUGAAUCAGGAAUUAAAGCAACAUUAUUCAGAGGAAGAUAAUUUAGAUUUUGAACAAUGUCUUCAGUUAAUUGACGAUAAAGAUGAAAAUAAAACAGAAUUUCUUGAAACCAAAGAGGAUACAUUAAACUGUGAUAUGUGUCCAACCAAUUGUUUAACAGAAAAAUCUUUAGACAAGAAAUCCACAGUAGGAAAAGAAAAUGAAACGGCUGUCUUGAAUUUAGAGAAAACUGAACCAGAACUUAAUUUGACUCUUGGUGGUGCUUAUAAACUUGAUGCUAGUCAGCUAAUUCAAAAAUUAGCAAAAGAAGUUGAAAAAGCACAAAACACUUCUAAUGGUCCGAUAGAUGACAUUAAUUUAAAAACAUUAGCCCAUAUUGCUGAUGCCCUGAAAGAGACCAGAGAUUCUGAAAGAUUUUCCAUUCCAACUGUUGUUAAUGACAUCAUGCAAAGCAAUGAAAUGAAAAUGCCUGAUGGUAAAAGUAGCAAACCUAUUAGGGAAAAUAAGCUAGAUGAAGCAACGCAGGAAACAUUAGAUAUGAAAUCUAAGGUUAAAUUUGAAGGAACAGAUAUAGAUAGCAAUGUUUGUAAGCAGAGAGAAAAUAAUGACCAUGUAGCAACAAAGAAGAAUGAACUUACAAGUGGAAGCAUUAUCAGUGAAAGUUCUGGAGUUAUGUCCCUUGAACUGUUCACCGACUCAGAAAAUGAGUCUGAUGAUAUUUUUACUGGAUUAGCUUUGUCAAAGAAAAAUUCUACAAAUAAUGGAGAGGAAAUGAAAUUAUUUGAUACAUGUGAUGACAACGAAUACACAGAACAUAGUCCAUUCCAUGAUUAUGAACAGAUACAGUUCGGAAAACAUGGGAUAAUAUUUUAUGUUUGUUCCGUUUGUAAAAAACAGUUUGAAGAUGGAGACCGACUUCUCAGACAUCAAUGGAAAAAACACCCUUCCAUUUAUUGCCAUUAUUUGCAAGUAGAACAAGGACAUGAAAUUGAAUAUUUGUUUUAUUCUAAGCCUUGUAAUAGAGGUGUACUAGGAGUCACUGGAAAGGCAUUAGAAAGUGUUGGUGAUCGGGGAACUUACAACUGUACACGUUGCCUAGGAACAUUUAAAAGCGUGGAUAGAUUGAGGAUUCAUAUAAUUAACUGUGCUCCUAAAGUAGAGGGAUCAGAAUCGUCAGAAAAUAAACCCAAAUAUAAGAAAAGAUAUCGUAAACAUCAUAAAGUGUUAAUUAAGAAUGAAGUCAGUUCUCCUGUGAAAAUGAAGAAAGAUACUUCAGUUUCUACUGAUGUCAGAUCUUAUGACACUGUGUCUAAACCAAAAAAGCAGUAUUUGAUUGGUACAAAAAAUUUAAAAACUUUUAAGAUACCAGAAAAGAUGGAGUUCGAUCCUUUGAAGAUCAUUCGAAGGAAAAAAAGUGCAGAAAUGGCUUAUAAUCCAUUAAAUCAUAUACGACGUAGAGAGCUGACGGAAAUUUUAGAUACACAUCAGUGUAGAGGUUGUGGUGUAAAAUUUAAUUCUAUAUCAUUAUUGGAGAGACAUGUGAAGAAAUGUGAUGGCAAGGACAAAUUUAAGGAUUUGAAGGUCAUGAAAUCCAGUGUGAAUGACACAUUUCACCAAAAACUUAAGCAUACUUGCUUAUAUUGUAAUCGUGGAUUUUCUUAUCCAAAAACACUUAUGAAUCAUUACAAAGCAUUUUGUUUAGUGAAAAAAGAUAAAGUUUCUAAAGGGUUACUAACAGAGAAUGACAAACAGCAAGAAUCGGCAAUGAUGACGAAACUUAAACAACAAGAAGAAGACCGAUGUUUCACAGACAUUCCAGAGGAAAAUGUCCAAGGAAAGAAGGGUUGGCCAAGAGGGAUGAAAAGAAAAUGGAGAAGGAAAAAUCAUUGCUGGACAUAUAUUAAGAAGAGAAAGCCAUCCACAGAAGAAACGAAAAAUGACAAAAUAUCAGAAGAAUCUAAAAUUGAUCAUGCUGAUAAUGAAAAUGAAGAAAAAGAAUCAUUGCAAUGUAAUUUGGAGUCAAAUAAAGGCAAGAAUAAUAAAUCUAUACCUAAAUCUGAUUCUGUUACACCUAAGAAGUCUGUUAGUAAGAUGAAUUUACAUUCAGAAAGUCCUAAGAAAGCUAGCAAUAAAACUUAUUCAGGUUCUGUUACUCCCAAAAAAUCUAGCAGCAAAAUUAAGUCAGGUUCAGAAACUUCAAAGAAGGAUACUUGUAAGAUUAAUUCAGAUUUGGUUACAGAAAACAAAUUUUGCGAUAAGAAUAAUCCAGAGUCAUUGACUCCCAAAAAGAAAGCUGGCAGCAAGAUAAUUACAAAUUCCUUAUCUCCAAAGAAAUAUAACAUUGUCAAUCAAAAGACUGAAAAACAAACAUCAGCGCAAUCAGCACAAAAACUGAAAGGUACCAACAGUCCUUUAUCAUCUAAGAAAAAGCUAAUUGAUCAAAAUGCAGAAGUUCGUCAAAAAAGGAAAUAUAUUAAAAAGAAAAUAUUUACAUUUGAUGAUGUCAAAAAGGUUCGUAAAAUAAGAAAGAGUUCUGACGAGUCUAUCAAGUCAGUUAUAGAUAGUGUUGCAAAAUGUGACAAUGUUGCCAUGGAAACAGGAGCAAAAUGUGAUGACAUUACAGUGGAAACAACAGCAAAAAGUCAGGUUGUAAAAAAUAGUAUAAUAAAAAGGAAAAAGAAAGUUAUGAAGGAAUGUGACAAUACAAAAAGUUAUAACAACACUCAAGUGGUUGAAGAACCUGAAACAAAGAAGAGAAAAUUGUCAGUAAAAAGCGUGAAGAGUGGUAAAUUAAAUUUAUUUGAAGCUAGAAUAAAGAUGAAGUGUAAAAACUCACCUUCAAAGUCAAAAAUGGUUAAACACACAAAAACACCAGAACCAUCUAAGGGAAUUAACUCAGUUAAAAGUUUAGAAAAAAAAUCAAACAACAAAAGUAAGCCAAAAGUUCUAUUUCAUCCACAAAAAAGAUUGAAAAAAAUUAAAAGGGAACUUUCACAAAAACUUGAACUUGAAAUGAAACAGCAUAAUGUAUCAGUAGAAAAUGAGGAUAAUUCUAGUAUGCAGAAAAAAUGGAUGGAGAUAAAAUCAGAUUUGACAAAAAACAUAGAAACUGUUUUACAAAAUGUGUCAGUUGACCUUGGAAUUCCUAUUUCACAUGUUAUUGAUCAUGAAUUUCAGAACAGUUUAACGAAACAGCAAAGAAUGAAGAUGAAAACGAAGUUGAAUGAAAUUGGAUUGCAAUUAUUUUCUGUUAUCGAAAAGCAAUGUAACAAGCCAAAACCGAGGAAAUUAUCAAAAAAUAAUGCAAUGUUGAAAUCAAAUCAAAAUCUUAAUACUGAAGGCAAUACAGACAUUAAACAAGAUAAUCUAACAAAACAAGACAUUAAUCAGUCACAAGACACUGACUGUAUUGUUUCAGAAAAUUCUGGUCGUGAAACAACAGAGCCUUCAAGUGAUGAAAUGGGUUCAGGUAAAGAAACAGAGACAACAACUGCCCCAAAAACUUCUCAAAAGAAAACAUUAAUAAAGACCAAUUCUAAUCAUGUAAAAGUGAGUAAAGGUAGUGUAAAAAAUUCUCCAAAGAAAGGCAUAACAAAAGAGGAGGAUCUUGACAAUGCUGGGAAUAAACUGAAUAUAUCUAAAGCUUCAUCCAAGAAAAAUAUUCCAGAUAAACCUCUGACAUUGGCCACUGUCAAAACAGUGCCAUCUGAGAAGGGAAAUUUAUUGCUGAUAAAGAAAAAAAGUCUUAAUGUAAUAGUUUCACCAGACAAAGUGGUGACAGCAAAGUCAAAUCAAUUAUUUCAAGGUCAUGAUGACCUGGAUACAAACAAAACUAAGCAUACUUUGAGUCCUAAAUCAAAUGAAAAAAAUCUGGGAAAUCUUGCAGACAAACAAAAUUCUGAAAAUCCUCAAAACAAAGACAGUAGUGCAUUACAGAAGGAAUUAAGUCUUCCAACAAAUAAUGUCAACACAAUUCCAAUAUGUAAAAGUGAUUUGAAUAUUAGUCCAAAGAAGUGUGGUAAUCUGGGCACAUCUUACAAAUCCAAAUCAGAGUUUCCUCCCUUUAAGUCAACACCUUCAAGUGAGGAUGGCACAAUACCGAAGAAAAAAGUCCCUAUUUACAACCAAGAAAUAAAUACAAAAACAGUGGAUAAGAAAGACACAACUGCUAAAACUCCACAAGCAAAAACUAUUUUUCUGAAAGCUGUUGAUAGUGAUCUGAAGAGGAGACUUGAACUAGCCGGGCAUAUUCCAUAUACAAAGAGAAAACCAGACAUAAAAAUAGUGCAAUGGAAUACUAAAAAACAGACAGGGAAUCAGUCAAGUGACAAGUCAUGAAAGGGAACAGUUAUGACAAUAGAAUUUGUAUUGAAACUUGUCUAAAAUGAGAGCAACAUAAUAAUGCAGAAUUUAAAAAUUAAUGUCAUUAAUUUUAAUAAGAGGGUUAACCAUGGUUUUUCAAGGUUGAAUUGUUUACCCCUGUCAAUGACAGACAUAUUAUGGUAUAUCGUUGGCGAGUACUGGUUGAGGCCUUAUGUGCUGACAGGCAUGAAUAGGAUGAGUGAGUGAGUGAGAUGUCCAUCCAUCAAUCUGGUAUAAUUAUGUCAUACUCAAGGAGCCUAUAAAUGAAUUCCUUCAAUUUUUAUCAAUUACAUGUAUUAAGAAUAGUGGUCUUGGAGCACUGUAUACUUUUUGAUAUGUUUUCGCUUCUGUUGUUCAAGAGUAAUGGGACUUUAAACUUCCAAAACAAAGUUAUUUUUCAAAUGAUGCACCCUAAACUCAAUGGUUUGCUUCAGUCUUAAGACACAUUCUUUAAGGAGAAGGAAACAAAAUUAUAAUAUUAUUAUUGACAGAAUAAAUUACUUGUUAAAAUAUUAAUGAAAUCGUCCACGAGAAUAAACAGGUAUACGAUGUCUACUUUCAACCAUUGAUUGCUCUUCGUUGCUGGGAACCUGUCUUAGAAAAUUAAACAACUCUAUUUGAACAUUGCCCAGUGAUAAUUUCAGAUAAACAGUGAAAUGUUUUACAUGUUUUAAGUUAACAUAAAGACAUAUUAGGGAAGAGGCAUUUGAAUUUCUCUGAAAAAAUUUUAUUUUGGAAUUUAAAUUGACGAUUAAUGUAAACCUGCUUAGUCGGUUGUGUACUUCAAUGUUAAAAAUCAAUUUUGGUAGAUAAUAUAACAUGAAAUGAAAUAUUUUUGGUGUUUGUAGAAAAAAUAUUUGGGUCAUGUUGGUUGUUUUUUGUUUUGUUUUUUUUUGCAUUUAAAACUUGUAUUAUGUAUUACUGUAUGUAUGUUGAACGAAAAAUUAAGAUGUAUACAUAUUACUAUUGUAAAUUCAGAAAUUAUUGCGAGGUUUUUAUUAAUAUGAAUAACACGACUUCUUGAGUAUCGCAAAAAUAAGAACUCGCAUUCUGAUAUCAAAUACAUAUAUCUGUACGUAGCUUUUCCUGAAAUCGCAAUAAUCAAACUCGCAUUUUUGUUAAUUCUUCAAAAAUCGCAAUAAUAAAUGCACGCAAUAAUUUCUGAAUUUACAGUAGAUGUACUGUGUAUGAUUUACUUGCAAUCACUGAUCAAAUGAUGACAACAAAUUGUGUAUAUUUCCUGAUUAUACAACAUGCACAAGGUAGAAGAUAUUUUGAAGUUGUCUUACCUGUGACCUUUUCAUGUGACAUGUACAUUAGUUGUUCUUGGCAUAUUUAUGGUUAAAUAACUUCUGUAAAUUCAGAAAUUAUUUCAAGGUUUUUAUUAAUGCAAAUAAUAGGACUAGGUGAAUAUCACAUUAAUAAGAACUUGCAUUCUCAAAUAUAAUGCAUAUAUCUGUAUGCAGAUUUUCAUGAAAAUGCAAUGAUUAAUCUCACACUUU